AUGCCUUUGUUUAGCGACUAUGGGGAUCACCCGGACAGCUCUGGGCGACUGUCCUAUCCAUCGCUGGUCUUUGCCAUCGUCACUCCUCUCGUAGUGAUUGCAAGACUGCUCGGUCGCCGGUUCUUUUCCGGCCGUGUAGGAGCAGACGACUGGACGAUUCUGGUGUCUUGUGCGUUUGCAGAAGCGGUUUCAAUCCAGAUGAUCAUCGUCUGUGGAUGGGCAUUUGGCAAGCAUCAGCAUGAGAUGCCCAAGGAAUUGGUUCUCAGAACAUUAGAGAUCCUCUACAAGGUCAACCUCGGCUUGACAAAGAUCAGCAUUCUCCUCCUGUACAUCCGACUGUUUGUCCACCGCUGGUUUCUCAGGACCUGCUGGGCGUGGAUCGCCAUCAUCGUCUCCUUCACCGUCGGCACCGUCUUCUCCAGUAUCUUCCAGUGCACUCCGGUGCAAUGGGCCUUCAACAAGUCCCUCCCCGGCCGCGGCGCCUGCAUCAACAUGACGGCCUUCUGGUACGCCAACGCGGCCUUCAACAUCCUCACCGACCUGGUCCUGAUCGCGCUGCCCAUUCCCGUCGUCCUGAAACUGCAACUCCCGCUCAAGUCCAAGGUCGCCCUCUGCGCCAUCUUCGCCGUAGGCCUCUUCACCUGCAUCACCUCCGUCCUGCGCAUCACAACCCUCAACGUGGCCACCAACCACCUCGACACAACCUGGAACAGCAUCGGCUCGUCCAUGUGGACAGUCAUCGAAUCCAACCUAGGCAUCAUCUGCGCCUGUCUCCCCGCGCUGGGCCGCCCACUCUCCUUCUUCUUCCCCCGACUCUUCAGCAGACUGCACAAGAGCUCCGCUGGCCCGGCCUCACACGGGAACCGCUCGCAGCCGGUAGAGGCGACGCCGAAGAAAAUCGAGGGAUGGAGCGUGCUGGAUGAGGCCGGAGCGGACGUGACUGUCUCGGCGGCAGAGGGGCAAGAGAGGAUGAACCCGAAUGCAUGUGUCAUCAGAAAAACGACCCGAGUUGUGGUGCGGUAUGAUGAGAUGGAUGGUGAGAUUGAAAUGGGGCAGUAUGCCAAUCGGUGCUGA